AUGCGCGUGGCGCAAUCGUCGCCCGGUGCUACAGCAACCAGAGCAGCGACACAUCCGGCGAUAGUUCAGCUCCAUGAAGUUUUCGAGGACGAUGCGGGUAUUCACCUCGUCAUGGAUUUGUGCGACUCUGGCGAUUUGUACGAUGAAGUUGUGCGACGGGGACGGCUACCCGAAAAGGAAUCGGCUCUUCUGUUCCGACAAAUCGCCUCAGCUCUCGCGUUUUGCCACGCAAGGGGUGUAAUGCAUCGCGACAUGAAACCAGAGAAUAUUCUGCUCCAUAAGCAAGAAGACGCUUCUAAUCGGCUAACCGUGAAGCUUGCCGAUUUUGGACUUGCGAUUCCCCUUUCAGCAGGCGAGACUACUCGAGGAAUUUCCGGUUCGACGUUUUACAUGGCGCCUGAGGUGCUCUCGGGGGAGUACGGGCAUUCUGCAGAUGUGUGGUCGCUUGGGGUUCUCCUUUUCACAAUGUUAAGCGGUGCCGUUCCUUUUUUCGGGGAUGACAAUAGCGAGUCAACGGAGGCCGUCCUGAAUGGACAGCUGGAUUUCUCUUCGCCGGGAUGGGCGACGAUUUCAAUUGAGGCGAAAGGGCUGAUUCGCUGCAUGCUCCAUCGAGAUCCUCGGCGACGGCCAACCGCUGCGAAGGUCUUAUCUCAUCCAUGGGUGCUGCUGAAUGUUUUUGGCGGGAGAAUUGUUCGGAGAGCUGUUGCUCGUCCCCUUGAAAAUGCCGUCAACAAUACCCAAGAGAGCAAGCCCAAUGUCGACGCACAAGGCCCGCAACAACAUCACUCUCGGGAAUUCCCGUUACAUGGAAUGCAAGGAGACAAUUUUUUAGCACAACCGCUUGGGCAGUCUGCAGCGGCAGUUCUUGGGAAUAACUUGUGCCUUGAGCAAGGGCAGCGCACAGCCCAAGAUGCUUGCCAGGGGCAUCUUCAUGGACUUGUGACGAUGGUCCCGUCUGGGGAUUUCGUGCGAACCUCUGCUUGA